UGUUCCUGCAUUGAAAUCCAUGAAACUUGUAAUACAACUUCUUCGUAGCCUAUUAUAUAAACCAGAACACCAAACAUGUAGAGUAAAUUAUUGAGAUGUCCAUGCAAGCGUGUACUUUCAUUGAUCCUAGUUCAAUUUUAAAUUACUCUUCUCGACGACUACAACAUAUCCCAACCUUGCUCGUGCUAGGUUUUGGACCACAAGAGCAAUUCCUCCAGAUGCUUUAAACUCUGAAAAAAGUCAAAUCUGGAACCUUUGAUGCAUGAGUUAUAACAAAUCACUGUAUCAUAUAAUGCAAGUAUGUAUGCAUUCACAUUUGAGUAUGCAUGUGAAGAUAAUGUUCUCUCCCUAUAUAUUUAGCAGUGCUAACCCCCCAAUCUAACUGAAAAACUAACCAUAUCUCAUUUUCCUUGAUGGGGAUGAUGCCUGAGUCUCAGACUUCUAUAGAGCUUCCUGUUUUUGACAUUGGGCAGUCUCAGCCAUUUGAUCCAUCAUCUCUUUCAUCCCUCUUGUUGGCCUGCAAGGAAUGGGGUUUCUUCCACAUAACUAACCAUGGAAUUUCCAUGGAUCUUUUCAAGAAGCUCAAAUCUCUCUCAAACUCUCUCUUCUGCCUCCCUUCUGUUUCCAAGCUCAAGGUUGGGCCUUCAUCAUCCUUGAGGACAUACACUCCCCAUUUCAUUGCCUCCCCUUUCUUUGAAAGUUUUCGUGUUUCUGGACCAGACUUCUUCACCUCUGCACGGAGUUCUGCAGAAGUAGUCUUCAACCACCCGAAUUCUGAAUUCAGUGAGGUGUUCCAGGAAUACUGUACCAAGAUGUCUCAGCUCUCAAAAAGUAUCAUUGAGGUUGUACUGAUGUGUCUAGGAAAUGAUUUUGAGAAGAGACUAUACGAAUCCGAAUUCAACAACUGCAAUGGUUAUUUGAGAAUCAACAAUUAUUCACCACCAGAGAGCACAAAAGAAUCAGAAGUAGAAGGGCUAGGCAUGCACACUGACAUGAGCUGCAUCACAAUUGUAUAUCAGGAUGAGAUUGGUGGGCUUCAAGUGAGAUCCAAGGAAGGGAAGUGGAUGGACAUAAACCCAUGUGAAGGAACACUGGUGGUGAACAUUGGGGACUUGAUGCAAGCUUGGAGCAAUGCAAAUUUAAGAUCAUCUGAGCACCGAGUUGUGUUAAAACAACAGCAUGUAAACCGACUCUCCCUCGCUUUCUUUUGGUGUUUUGAAGAUGACAAGGUAAUAAUUUCACCCAAUGAAGUGGUUGGAGAAGGGAAUUCGAGGAUCUACCAACCAUUUGUUUGUGCAGACUAUUUGAAGUUCAGAGAGAGCAAUGAGAAAGGGAAGUUUGAGAAAGUUGGGUUCACUGUAAAAGAUUUCGCUGGUAUUGGGGAAUGCAUGGAGCUUCUUUAAGGUACUGUUUCAUUGUUGAGUGAGAACGAAGAACUAAAAAUAAAGAAGAAUGGUUCAUUGGGUUAUAGCAGAAAUGGAAUCUGGGGGGUGUUUAAGCUUGUUAGAUCACAUUCUUUUUAGUUCAUUGCAAGUCUUCACUUUGUGUGCUUACCACUUACGCCCUAUUCAUUGUAUUUGGUGGUUUAUUUGUUCAUGUUUCCCUUCUACUACUCACCACUUUUCUAAUAAGACCUUUCGCUUGUGUAUUUGCGUA